GAAUGAAUUGUGCAAAAGUUCAAUUGUUGCAAAUUGCAAUUAUAUUGGAACGGAGGAAGUAAAAGAUAAAACCACUUCUAGUCUUCUUUUUCGCCAAUUUCUCCAAUUACACAUUGACAACUAAUGUCGUAAACUCAACUUGGGCACACAUUCGCUUUCUCAUAAAGUCUAAUUUUUUCUAAUUUAAAACAGUAUUUUAUUUUUUCCCACUCUUGAUACCCACCCAAAAUGAACAUUAGCCAGCCUUGCUUUAAAUAUCUCGAAUCCUCGUAAUUAUCAGCACCUAAAAAUGUUUUCCAACCCCCAAAAUUUAAUACAAAAACUUAACACGAAACCAUAGUUGUUGUUGUUUAGAACCCUCAACACGUUACCAAUCUAUAGAAUUAAACUUUGAAAUUUCAAUUCUUUCCUAUACACAUUCUCAUUAAUGAAUUUAUCUCCUUAACCUCGUAACUACCAUUGACGUACCUCUCAGACUCUCAUAUUAAUUUCGGCACCUGUUAUUUUCACUCUCUCUCCUCCCUCCCUCACUCACUCUUUUUUUCAUCGCCGCCGAUCAUGCCGCCGCACGACGACGGCGCCACCUGCUUCUCCGCUGGAGAUUCUCUCUCCGACGUCGAUGACCUAAUUUCCGACCACCAUAAUUGCUCGCAUUGCCAGGAUUCCGAUCCAUCUCCGUCAUCUUCCGAGACGAAUUCCGAUAAACUUCACCGGAUUAUCUCCGCCGCCGUUAAAGGUUUCUCUAUUGGUGCUGGAUUGAAAGGCGGUGUCUCAAUUUUCUCUCUCCUCGCUCGUUUGAGUCGCCGGAGAUCCCCCAAUUCUCUCAAGAAAGUAAGUGAUGUUUCGAGUAGUGAGGAGAUUUUAUCGGUGAUUAAGGAAACUUUGAGAUAUGGGUUGUUUCUUGGUGUUUUUGCUGGUACUUUUUCUUCAGUUGAUGAAAUUGUUGCUACUUUGGGUGGACAUCGUAGGACUGCAAAAUGGAGGGCGUUACUGGCAGGUGGUAUUGCUGGGCCUUCUAUGCUAUUAACUGGGUUAAAUACACAACAUAAUAGCUUGGCUAUUUAUAUCCUCAUGCGAGCAGCUGUUUUAGCAUCUCGCUGUGGAAUUAAGAGCAAACGAUUUGGUCGCAUCUGCAAACCGUUGACUUGGACUCAUGGGGACAUCUUCCUCAUGUGUCUUUCAUCCUCCCAAAUUUUGUCUGCUUACAUAUUGAAGCAAGAAUCUCUGCCUUCAUCAUACAAGUUGUUCCUCAAUAAACAUGGAGCAAAGGAUUUGUCUAUCCUGCAGGGUGUGAAAGAGAUCGCAUGUGGCAUGCCUUUUUCUAAUCUGGGGGCAAUAGAGAAUUAUUAUAAAUCAACGGGUAUAGACAUCAAAUUAGAUCCAGAAAUGAAAGUUCCCUGCUCGAUUGUUCAUGGGAAUCAAUCAUGUGCAGCUCAUGUCUUCACGUUUCUUAUUCAAGCGUAUAAAAGAGCACUUCCAGUGUAUCUUCCAGUAUAUUUGGUUCCUGCACUAAUAGUUCACCGUAAAGACCUAUUGAAAAGACCGUACCCAAUAUUGGGGAAGAGUGUUAUUGGUAUUGCACGGUCAAGCUUGUUCUUGUCUUCAUAUUGUGCUUCUGCCUGGAUGUGGACAUGCAUUCUUUUUAGGAUUUUCAAGAAAUGCAACAUUCCAAUGGUGGCAAUGGGGACGUCCCCAGCUGGCCUUGCACUAGCCAUUGAAAAGAAAAGCAGACGAAUCGAAAUAUCCCUAUAUUGCCUAGCUCGUGCAAUUGAGAGCUUCUUCACAUGUAUGGCUGAUAUUGGAUAUCUUCCUCAAUCACUAGUAAACAUCAAGAGAGCUGAUGUGGUUGUAUUUAGCUUUUCAACAGCCAUUAUUAUGCAUUGCUAUUCACAAGAGCGAGAGGUCUUCAGAUCCAAGUACCUAAAUGUUCUCGAUUGGGUAUUUGGUGUGCCGCCACCACCCUGCUACACUCCUCGCUAUAGAAACAAACUGAAGAGCGAAGAAUGAACUUGAAGCAUCAAGGGUCAUCAAUUUUUUAUCUCCCCAGCAAGUUUAUCUUAACCCAUGUUUCACUAGGGAGCCAUAUGUACAACAAUUAGUUACUAGUCACAUUAUUAACGAUAGGUCUAUACUCUAUAGUGUCUAUAGUGUUUUUGUAAGUUGUAACCCUCAUUCAAUGUAUGGUAAUUUAUUUAAACUUUCAUUUUUGCAGUA